AUGACAUCGGAUAAGUGGGUCUGGACCGACGGCACUCCUGUGAUCUACACUAACUGGGAUAAGAAGCAACCCGACAAUUGGCACGGCGAGGAAGCAUGCACACAUAUGUUCAAUCACGAUACGGAUCCCGCUGCGAAACGUUGGAAUGAUGUGAAUUGCAACAAGAAGAUGAGCAGUUUCGUCUGCAAAUUCAAAACCCCACGAAAUUAA